GUCGGCAUUCAUUUCCCGUCUUUUAAGAUUUACACUUGUACAGAGUUUCUUCACUUGAAAGAAAUCAUCCAACAACCGACAAUGUCUGGAAGAGGCAAGACUGGAGCAAAGGCCCGCGCUAAGGCAAAGACUCGCAGCUCUCGUGCUGGUCUGCAGUUCCCCGUUGGUCGUGUCCAUCGUCUCCUCCGCAAAGGAAACUACGCUGAGAGAGUGGGCGCUGGAGCCCCUGUUUACCUGGCCGCUGUUCUCGAGUACCUCACCGCUGAGAUCCUGGAGUUGGCUGGCAAUGCCGCGAGAGAUAACAAGAAGACCCGCAUCAUCCCUCGCCACCUUCAGCUAGCCGUUCGCAACGACGAGGAGCUUAACAAACUACUCGGCGGCGUGACCAUUGCUCAGGGCGGUGUCCUGCCCAACAUCCAGGCCGUCCUGUUGCCAAAGAAGACCGGCCAGGCUGCACCAAGUUCCGGCAAGGCGGGAAAGAAGGCCUCCUCCCAGUCUCAGGAAUAUUAGCUCUUCUAGCUAAUAACACUGGAACACCAAAGGCCCUUUUAAGGGCCACCCACACACGAAAAGAGCGACUUUCCUGUUUUUGUCUUGCUUCACGAAAAGCCCUUUUAUUUAAUAAAAAGCAGGUUUUGUAAA